AUCCUUGGGCUUAGAGAAACUUCUGGACAGGGCUCCCCAUGGUAAAUGAAGGGUCAGCUGCCUGGAAAUGUCAUUUGUUCCAGCCUUCAUUCACAAAGGGUAACCCAAUAAUUUCCAUUGCCUUAUGGAAGACUCACCCCAAUAAACAAUUGCUAAAUAUUAUGAAAUAUGUUUACAUUUGUCAUCAUCAAAAGGUUAAGUUUUCUGUGGGGAAAAAAAAAUGAGGUGUUGUAUCAAGUACCCUGUUUUUGAGCCCCAAUUUUCUGCCUGGGGGCUAUUACGAAAGGGAGGAGGUAGCUACAGUUUCAUUACAAGGUACUCAGGGUACAAAACUAAAUUAAGGGACAAAGGUUUUUCAUAUAGUUAUGAUACUUGUUAUUACUAAUUUCAUGGUGUACUAAAUGCAUUCAUGCCUCCCAUGUGUACAGGUCUUCUAAGAUGUUAUGGUAAUAACCUGUUUUUGACUCAAGUAUCUGUCUUUCUCUUGCACUCCAGCUACUUAUGAUAAGAUGUCAAGCCAACAUGAGAUCACCAGUCAGAUGAUAGUUUUGAUGUGAUGUGUAUGUUAUAUGUGUCACGUAGGGAUACUCAGACACCAAACAUAUUAAAGGAUAACAAAUUAGACCUGGAAUGGCCAAAUAUCAAGGUGAAGUUCAAAGUUUGAAACUGAAUGCUGAUUCCGUUAUAGAAGGAGUGAGUGACCAAGUUCUGGUGGCAGUUGUGGUCAGUUUCACUUUGAUUGCUUCCCUGGUAUAUGCACUUUUCAGAAGUGUACAUCAGAACAUCCAUCCAGAAAACCAAGAGCUAGUAAGGGUGCUUCGAGAACAACUUCAAACAGAACAGGAUGUACCAGCUGCUGCUCGACAGCAGUACUAUACUGACAUGUACUGUCCAAUCUGCUUACAUCAAGCCUCCUUCCCUGUUGAAACAAACUGUGGACAUCUUUUUUGUGGGACCUGCAUUAUUGCUUACUGGCGAUAUGGUUCAUGGCUUGGCGCAAUCAGUUGUCCAAUCUGUAGACAAACGGUAACUUUACUUCUAACAGUAUUUGGUGACACUGAUCAAUCUCAGGAUAUUGUAAGAUUAUGUCAAGAUGUUAAUGAUUACAACCGAAGAUUCUCAGGGCAGCCCAGAUCUAUUAUGGAAAGAAUCAUGGAUCUACCUACUUUACUGAGACAUGCUUUCAGGGAAAUGUUUUCAGUUGGGGGUCUUUUCUGGAUGUUUCGAAUUAGGAUAAUACUUUGUUUAAUGGGAGCCUUUUUCUACCUUAUAUCACCUCUAGAUUUUGUACCUGAAGCCUUGUUUGGAAUUCUAGGCUUUCUAGAUGAUUUCUUUGUCAUCUUUUUGUUGCUUAUCUACAUUUCUAUUAUGUAUCGAGAAGUGAUAACCCAGAGGCUAACUAGAUGAAUAAAGAAAUUAGUUUAACUAGAAUAUCUGAACUAAAUUACAAUGCCAAACAGAAGGACUCAUAUCAGUAUAAAUUAUCUAAAUAUCUUCUAAGGUUAAAACCAUUAUAUGACAAACAUCUGAUUACCAUUUGACAAUACCUAGCAAUAUAUAACUGGAAUUCUUACAUGUUCUAAUAUUAAGAUCAGAAUUACAAUAACUUGUAGUUGUAUCUUGAUUCUAUGUUGUCUAUAAAGUCUCUGGAAAAAAAUAUGGAAUUACUAAAAAAAAGAGGUAUUUUGGCAUCUUCUUUUCCAUAAAAUUAUUUAGAUUAAUUGGAUAUGUAAUACAGUAUUGUUAAAUGUAGUUUAUCAUCCUUAGUUGCUACCUAUACAGUAAUACGUAACUAUAAAACUCACCUAAAUAUUUUUGUUGCAAUAAAAUACUGGAGAAAAGUUAGUGUUUCUUUUAGUACUAGCUAAGUUUUGUGCAUUUGGGGCAGUUAUGCUUUUCCAUUCAGGUAUAAUUCUUUCUUACCAGCUGAAAAUGAAUGGAGAAACUUGAGCUUUAUAAUUUGACUUCAUAUUCUAGUUUAUGGAACAUUUUUUAAUCAAUAGAAUAAUUAA